UCAGUCACUCAGUCGCAGUCGGCGAGUCGCUCUCGACUGCGCGGCGCGAUCGCGUGGGCGUCUCGCUUCUCCUUUGCUACCUCUCUCUCUCUCUCCUCUCUCUUUUUUUUUUUUUUUUUAAAUUCUCCUCGUUCUAUUCUGUGCGGUGUUAUAACUUGGUGACGAGGGAGCUUGACCGAGAGGGCACGCCUUCGCCUUUUCACCGGCGGGAUUAUCUUGCUGCAGCAGGAAUGCGCCAGGCCGGCUGUGAUUUUUGAGAGCCCGAGGAAAAAAGAGGUAAUGAUGUAACGGGACUUUCGCUGUCGCUGUCGCGGUGAGGCAACAAUGUCCACACAAUGCAAUCGCUUCGUGCAAAACGCCUGGAAGAAGGAGCUCUGCUCGAACUGUUUCAAGCCGAAGGAGGAACACGCGUCGGCCGACGAUGGCCUGAGACUGAACGUCGAGAAGGCUUCGACGAAUUUGAAGAUUGAUCAUCUUCAGCUACAAAGUAUCCUACGUGGCAAGACGGUUUGUCGGAAGGACCAGCGGAAGAAGAACGUCGGCUUCCCCGAGUCUCUCACCGAGGUAAUCGGCUAUGGCGGCGACGACUUCUCGGACGGCGAGGAAGACCGGGAUGGACCGAUCGACUCCUCCGCAAAGGCGGAGGACCUGGUGCCAGAUAGCGAGGAGGAACGCGCGUUGUUCGAUUUGACUCGCGCGAACACGAACUUCAAUACGGUCACCGCAAAUUUGACGGACGUCGAGAGUUCGCAGGACACGAUCAAAUCGUCAACGGUGUCGCCCGCCAAAUCCUUCGCCUCGUUGAUGCUGGGUAAAGUACAGAGAGACGCUGAAGGUAAAAAGACAACCCUCUUGGUGUCCGUGACUCCUUUCGGCGGAGACGAAGGAGUGCCCACUGCCAAGAGGCCAGUCGAUCGGAAAAUCAACACGAUCAACUUGCAAACCAGUCCGUUCAGAUUGAAGGCCGGCGAUGGUGGAUCGCCAGAUAACACUGCCGAAGUCACGAAGAAACUCAAUGGGUCGGAGCGGAAGAAGACUGACGAGCAGGAACAAAAGUCUCCUCCGGAAUUGGAGAAGAUCAUGGACAUGCCGUUAAUCACGUCUACCAACAUGAUUUCCAUCAUGCGGAGGGAAACCACGGCGGAUAUCGCCGCCAACGCAGAUGCGGCGAAGACGGCGGAAACAACGACGCAGAAAUAUUCGCCCGUCUGCAAAGCCGACAAGAGAAACGUCGCUAGCGUCCCCCUUAACACCGUUUCAGCGAUGAAGAAGAUUGAAAUCGAGCCGAGGAUACCUGCGCAAUCUGCGCCGAGCAGCGACGUGGGAGAGAGCGUAAAGAGGACGACAGCGAAUAAAAGCGAGUGCGCGAGACAAGAUGAGGGGAAGGAAGAGAGAGUUGAGCUUGCCUCGUCGAAGAACGAGGAGGCACCGGAGAAGGAGCGAUCGAUGAACGUCGACAAGAACAUCGUCAACAAGGACAAGGAAGCUCCGAUGUCGCAGGUUCGCGAGGUCGAAGGAGAGUGCGACGGCGCGGAGCGGAAGAAAUUCUGCUUCGACAGCAGCCGCGAGCUCGCGGGCGAACCGGAUGGCAAAGCAGACGAGGAGGAGGUGAUAGAACCACCUGCGCUACCCAUGAGCCCACCACCGAUCAUAACUACGGAACCGAGAUCUUCUUUCCUACAUGGCGGCGUUAAUACUGACCCGAAGGUGAAGCCCAUUGUACCGCAGAAACCGGUGACUUUUCUCGCGAAGGCGAACACGAACGAUGGCCCACUUGCCGCGAGGAAAAUUCCCAACGGCGACUAUGUAUUACCACCGCCGUCGGUGCAAACUGUUGUCGGUAGACCCGUUCAGAAUUUAGGUACGCAGGAUAUGAGCUCUCGAUGUUCAGCGAAGAAGAACGUUACGAACGAGAUUUUAUCGGAUCCCGAUCAAGUCUCUCCGACCAUUAUAAAUCAAAACUUGGACUCUGAAGAUCAAGCGAAAAUUUCAUCGAAAUCCGCUCUCUCGCCGUUGCCUCCGCCAGCCUCGUCGCGAGAUUAUCCGAUGAAUAAUGAAGAAAUAGACGACAACAUCACGCUGGACGAGGAGUUUCCGGAAAUUACUCCGGUUUCUGUCUCCACGAUGGAGCUCGUUCGUUCGCCGAAUAAGAGAAGAAUGGCUCCGCGACCGCCGGAAUCUGCGGAGGACUUUCUGCCGGUGUCCUCUCUGUUCGCCAGGAAUCCGGGGGCGAAUCUAAAGUCCGAUUCCCCGGUCGUUCGCGAGAAAGAGAAACGGGAGAGAUCGUCCUCGUGCAGUCCGAAGUUCCGCAAGGCUGUCUGCGAUCUGCCAGAUCCGACAAACUCGAACGUUAAGCAACUGCCCAUCGAAUCCGUACCUAGAAGAACGAUAUCCCUGUCGCAGGAUAGUCUGACCACGGAAAAGGAAAUCCGGGAGGAGAAGAAGAGGGGUAGAAACCGAAGGGGUUUUUCCCUCAAGAGAUUUCUGAGAAUGGGCACGCGGAAGGACAUGGACGUGAUCACCGGCCAAACAUCGGGCGCGAAGACCGACGAGAUACCGUCGACGCCGCAACCGAAACCGCGAUUAGAGAUAAUCCAUCCGUUGGAGUUGGACGGUGCCGCGGUCGAGGUGGUAGGAAAUGACAGGAUCAAUGCCAGGACGAGCGAGGAUCAGACGGAUUUCUGCGGUGCCAAAAAUGACGGUUCGAGAACGGCGCGAUUUCCUCCAUCAACCGCGGCGAGGCCCGGGAAACCGCCCCCGCCGCCGAGAAAUCAAUCCCUCGAGGAUUGGUCGAGGCUAGAUUCGACAAAUAAGCCCGUAAGACCGCCGCCACCUCGCGCGGAAAUCAAAUUAAACGUCGCCUCAUCGAGAAACGACAAGACAUCGUCGAAAGCCACUUGGAGGCCGACCGCCGCGACGACCUCGGACUCGAUUUACGCGAAUCUGGCAGCGGAGGAUGUUACAGGUGAGGUGCGCAGCGCCUUGGCGCCUUCGAAACCCCAAAGAACUGCCAGCAUGAGGGACCGAGCUGUCUCCCAACCCGUCUCGAAAAGGGCGUCGGACACGUCGACCGAGGGUCAACAUCGGGAUUACGGACUCGCUGCUGCACGACCAACAUCCGACUCGCCGACAUCCAAUGACAGUCAUGUAUAUGAAUGCCUCUCGAGUUCGCCUGAGUGCGACUCGAAUCUCGAGCUGCGGCACGGAAAUAGUAAUGGAUUCCGCGCCGCUUGCAAAAGGAAGUCCGAUAGCAGUGCGAUGAACGGGGAAUCGAAGGUCCACCAUCAACCCUUUGUGAGGUCGACCUCAUUGCCAUACUGCGGCAGCGAGACCGAGAGCGAGCUCUACGCGCCGUACACUUUUUACACCGGCGACGAGGGCGCCGAGGAGGAUCAGGAUUGGAAAAACACAUUGGAGGACGAGCCGAGGAUGGGCCGCUUGAGGCAACGCCGUGGACGCACCAUCGUUCAUCGAAGUCUUGAAGAUAAUUACGGCGCGGUGGUUGUGGCGAAUCACGAAGCGCUCGCUCAAUUUCUUGAACAGGAAAAUCAAUCCGUUCAAUUUCCGUCAAAUCUUCGCGCCCUCAAGAAUGCGAAUCCACAAUUGAAACACUUUAAUGUCGACACACUAUCAUCAAUCUCUAUCGGUAGAAGGAUAUUUUGUCCAGCGACGUGGAAUGAUCAGAACGUUAUUCUCUGCAUAGCAUUCGAUUUGGCCAUGCCCAUGCCGCAGAAGGAUUUCUAUUUGGCGCCCGUGAUAGAAUUUGUAGAUAGAGUACCGAAGGAAAUAAUCGAGAAAGUCCAAUCGUCUGGAAACGACGAUGUCGAAGCCACAAUCUCAGUUCUUCCAUGUCAGCACAUCACCACCAUACAAUCGUUCGGGGCGAUGUCCAAGGAUAUGAACGGCGAAGGCACAAGCAGAGAAGCGUCGUUCAUUCUUCUCCAACUAGUGAACGCGCUGAAGAGCCUUCAAGCACGCGGAAUCGAGGACGCGAGCAGAUCUCUGAGCGACGUCGUACUCUGCAGAGAGGACAUUUAUUAUCGGCUGUACCUUCUGCAAGGGAGGUUAAACAUAGACCUGAGUGACGAGCCUGGCGAGGAACGGGUCUCCUUGUGCGAGUGCGCUUUAAUAGCACUGCAACAGUUGCAUCUCACGAGCGAGCUUCCUCUCAUACAAGAUUUGCUGAUAUGCGAAAAAGCAGUCACUCUCUCGCAGGUAAAAUCCGUGUUGGAAUUUUCAUUGUGGGGUCCAGCUGACGUACCACUCGGUGGUCCACGAGAGAGAGAAGUGGCACUUCAGAGAUGGCUCGACCUUGAGCGGGCAAACGUGCUUCAUGCUCUUGUCAAGACGAAGGCAGCUUUAACCGUUAUAGAUGAAUAUCAAUUAUUAUUCUUGGUACGAACCACUGCUAAAAUUAUGAGCGAGGCAUCAGUGCUCCUCGAUGAGCAACGUAAGCGAUUGGUACAAAGAUGCUGAUACAGUCUCCAUUAUAUAUGGUGUAAGCUAGUAAAAACAUUAAAAUGUAUCCGGCGAAGAAAAAUUAACAUUUACAUCAGUAAAUGGAAAUCUGAA